AUGUGCUCAAUGGAACUGUCAAAAUGGAUUGACUAUGCACGAGACUGUCUUCGCGACCAGAUGGACAGAAAAAUCAAGAUAGUUGGCGUUGUGAGUGGAAAAUUUUAGGCCCAGACAAUAAAUUCGAUAUUGCAGAUUGGUAAAGACCUUCCAGAUCACGGAAAAGCAGACAACAUAAACACUUUUAUGAAGGAAAACGCAUUUCCAAUGACGGUUGAUGAGGACGAGACUUGCACAGUGAGAAAUUUUCAAGUUUGAAAGGAAAUAUCGUUUUUUUUUCAGAUUUCUGCAUACUACCAUGAGAACGAGCGAAUCCUCUUCCUGGUCAUGAACGGAGCCGACGAUAUUGUGAACGUGCGGAAACAACUUCGUCAGACGGACGAAUAUGAAGACGAUAAUGAGCCCGGUGAAGGAGAUGAAGGAGCUGGAACCAGUGAGAAUACUGAAAUAGCUGAGAAACCCAAGAAACUAAAGGAAAAAGAGCCGCCGAAGAACUACUUCGAUGUAAUGGAAGAAAGUGAGGUACAGGAAAUGCGAAUGCUUCACUUCCUUUUCGUCACUUGCCACGUCAUCAUCGUCUUCGAGGAGACUUCCAGAUUGUGCAUGCCUUUCAUGCAAAAGCUGAAAAAAGUCAACGUCACGCGGUAGGAAUUUUGUAAUCUUGUAGUCUCAAUGUCAAUCAGAGCUGUUUUCCAGAAUGCUUCUUCGUCGGAAAGUGAAUGAGAAGCUAAUAUCGGCAGGGCUCAAAAAGACUCUCUCAAUGAAUCGCAAACUUUCGAAGGCAGAGGCCGAAGGGAGAGUGACGAUCCCUCGUCUUCUCAUGGCGUUCCACAAAAACAACAUUCGUUUCGACCUGAAAGGAGCGAAAAAGGUAAACCAAUGAACUGUACAACUUCUCAAUGCAACCGAGUUUCCAGAGAGAAAUUUAUGAGAAACUGGAACGUUCCUUGGAUGAACAGCUGAACAAAUGUCUCAGACAAUUCAAUCUCAGUGACAACGGAGCCAGUUCCCUCUGUCAGCUCAAUGAAACUCUUCCGUGUGUGCAUCUCAUUAAUCCAGACGUUGUGAAAAGAGAUAUUGUCAAUGAGAUGUUCGAAGUGUUCAUGGAUAUGGCGCUAAAAGAGAAAAAGCCGGGAAAAGAAGGAGAAAUGGGAGAAAGGGAAGACGAUGAUAUACUGGAUCCGCUACCGAACAACGGCUCGCUCAUGAAAUUCUUCGACAACAACUUUCGAGCGGAGGAGAAGCUUAUCACUCUGGAGAACGUUGUGGACCUGCUUGAUUGUAUGCAGUGUCUUCUCGACGGAUCACUCGAAACCAAGCAAAACAAACAAAUUAGUGUCAAUCCAAUAUUGGAAUUCCAAAAGCAACAAACACGGUAUCAUAUUGAAGAGGCCUUCAAGAUAUAUUCGGUAGACAACUACCGUCCGGGACAGAAUGCACUAAUUAGAGGUGGAUUUCACAACCAACAAGAGCACAGUAGACAUCAAAACCAGCCAAGCCAAAGGUCUCGAGACACAAAUCAGCAUUUUGAAAAGGUAUUUUUACAGGACAAAACGUUGAAAGGAAAAGGUUUUAUUUGUUUCAGCUGGAGCAGGCUAUCCUUUAUAUUAGAGCAAUUGUCUUUUACCAACAAGAUGAGGCGGAGCAAGAGAUUCGAAAGAGAUGCACCGACGUGUGGCUGUCGGAGCUGAAAUCUUGUGAUGCGUACUCCAUGAUGGGCCGCAAAUGCGUUCUGAAGCCUCAUCCUGAAAUAGGCGACAUGAACAUACCGGAUUGUGCAUGGUCGCCUCAUGACGCAGCAAACACACUGCUUUCAACGUGCGUCUGCGGACAUACCCAGCUGAUCAGACCGGAACCGUUCUCAGUGAUCGAGGCCAACUACCUCUUCUUCGCCAGCCCCGAAUUCACGUGUUGCCGAAAUAAAUGGAGCUACAAAUUCCGUCUGUAUAAGGAGGUAAUCGACGGAAAAGAAGUGAAAAUGGAAGAGGAGGGUAGCGUCUGGGCGGGCGGAGAGGACAGCUCACUCAACGAUGGCAUAAUCAUCAAGAAAGAAGACGACUACGACGACUAUCCCGACAGAGAAACUAAAGGAAGACCGUCCGGAAGUAUGAGCGAAGAAGAUUCGGAUUACGUGAGGGAACGCCCCGUCGCUUCUACUUCGAACGGCCGUUCGAGCAACCGACGAAGACCACACAGCGGUCUCGAUUUGGCGUUUUUCCACGCAAAACAGCAGGCCAGACUGAUGGAAGACCGUAAAUUGCACGAUUUCAUCUUCCACGUGCCGACUAUGCUCACGCGCGGCAAACUUCCAUUGUUCCCAUCGUGGUACCUGACACUCUUGGGCGACGCAAGCAUUUACCAUCACCACGUCGGACUCAGAGACCAACCAAACUUCAAAAUCGGAGGAGAAUACCUCACUCCCGCCGUCAUCACUCUUGACGUAUGUGAUUGCGGGGUGAAUCAUGAAAUUCAAUCUGAUAUUCUAUUUUAUAGGUCGAUAUCAAUUCCUGGAACCGAGAUCUCAACAAAAUCCGUAGUGAGGAUUACCAGCGCAGUUAUGGUGGAUUCAGAGAGGCUCGUGUUAAACUGUUUGUCGGAUUCGAAUACGAAUGCACUCGAGGCCACCGAUUCUUUGUCGAUCACACCGGAGAACCGAUAAUCUACAAUAAAGGAGCGAAGAUCGCGAAGGAAUCCGCUCAGCGAAGCGCCCUUGGAGACGUUCUUGAAGCAGAUCUGCCGAUUCGACGUCCAUGCACAUGCCGCAAACAACCUUCGAAGGCGGCUCAACUUAUGAAAGUCCACAUUGUCACUCCGAAAGCACCGAUCAGAGCGACAAUUAACCCACACAUACUCAUUCCGGGCGUUACUGGAAUUUUCGUCACCGGAGAACCUCCACUGGAAUUGCAACACUCCAAGUACGAUUCCAUUUGUUUUUGUUAACAAUAAUUGACUGAUUUUCUAUUUUCAGGUACUACAUUCUUCAUUUGCCGACUAUCUACUCCAAUUCAAAUGACGUCUGGAAGCCUGACGAGUGCUCUCCGGAUAUGCUGGGAAUCUGGAAGGGCGGCGCACUCAAGAUAGCGUACAUUCCGUCGAACACAAUUCGUUGGUGA